UUCGUUUUUUCUGAAUUGUAAAGCUCUAUUGGAGUCCUAAAUUGCGUCCUGCUCUUUAAGUUCCCCCUAGAGACACGAAACCUUCUGAUGGCUCAUAAGUUUUAGUACUAGAAUAGAUACGGAAAACUAAAACAUAAACAUAUUUAUUCAUGUUUUAUUGAAGGAGGGGCAAAAAGAAAAUUGUAACUCUACGAGCCUCUCUUAUCUUUUAGCCAUGACAAUUUAUAACAGUAGGUGAUUCAAAUAUCUCUCAACUGUAAACUCGCAAGCUGAUCUUCUCUGUUGAGUCUAAUUAGAAGUUAUGCAUAGAUCUAUAAAAAUACUGAUUGAUUUCGCUGUCUUCAUCCGCCCUCAUCUUUUGUGACGUAUCGAAGUUCUGACCAACGAACUCUCCCGUGGUCCGCUGCGUUGUGGGAUACGUCGACGUUUUCAAAACGAGAGGAGCGGGACAAAUUUCGGGACUAUGAAUUCCCUGAAUCAUUUAAAGACCAUGUAUAGGCUAAGAUUCUUCAACGGAGUAAGUAAAAAAAGUGCUACUGAUAUACAAAGAGAAAAUGUAUUGGAAUGUGUUCAAGACUGUUUUGAACCCUGUACCAAGGAAUUUAUAGAAUGUUUCUCUCCAGUAUCAUGUGGCUCAAGCCCUAAUUUGAAUCAAGUUCCAUGCCAUAAGAAAGAAAAAGAACAGACCAAGUUGGAGCUUGCAAAGGACAACUGUGAGAACAAUGCCUUUAAUACCUUCGCUUUCUUACCAUCACCAAACAAAAUGGUAAAAUUUUCAGGCAACAAGAUCUCAGAAGAAAUUCAGGAAAACGAUAUUGAGGUGUUGUCCUUAGGAUCAUCAAUCCUUCCUGUAGAAGAUGGAGGAGAAGAAAAAGGAGAAAGAAAAGGAGAGAAAUCAUGUGCAAACCAAAAUUCAGCUACUGUAAAGCCUGAAGAAGAAUGUGAAUUUUUGAUAGAGGAAUCUUUUGAGUUGUCUUCUACAUCUUGGAUUUCAAUUUCUCGAAAGAAACAAAAACCACAGAAAAAGAGAACAUCUGCAUCAUUUGAAGGAAACAAGGAAGCUCAGCAUAAUGAAAGAAGAAAAAAUAAAAAGGAAUUGGAGAAAAAAAUUAUGCCAAUUCCAUUGAAGGAAAUCAAGACAACAUUAUGUAAUGUUGGUGAAAGAAGUUUUGAUGGAUUUCAAAAUGCUUCAAGAAUUAAACAAGUAUUGGCUGUGGAGAAUGAUAAAUCGCAAUUGGUUAGGUCUUUUGUUACCACCCAAGAAACAAGGAAGCAGCAGUCAUGCCAUAAUACACUGGUUAAAAAGCCACAGUUACCAUCCAAAAAACAAUUGGGGACUCAAAAGAAAAAGAAAAGAUCCCUUGUUGGACAAAUGGAGAUGAAGAACAGGCAAUUGGUUUCAAAGAAGAGCCUUGAAGGUGAUCUUGGAGAGCAUCAAUUAGAUAAAAAGAAGAAUCUUCAUCCUUUUAAGCUAAGAGCUGAGUUAAAGAGAGCAACACCUCAAAAAGUAAAAGAGACUUCUUUACCAAAGCCUCAGAGUUAUGUAGUACAUCAAGAGGAUUCUUGUGAGCAGCAUGUGGCAAAAAAACAUUCAAAUGUUUCAGUAACACAACAAAACAGUGAAGGAUUUUUAUCGCAUGGCCUGCUUUGUAGUAAUGAAAUGUUUGGAGGAGAAUGGAAUCCAUUUAAUAUGGAUGAUUCUGAUUCAGAUAAAUCUACAAAUUUGGAGGAGAAUAUACAUAGCUCAAUAUCAAAUUCAUUAAAGCAUAAACUAAUAUUGCCUACAUACACACCCAAUGUUCGUCGGUCCAAAAGAAUACGUAUUAAACCAUUGCAAUAUUGGCGAGGAGAACGUAUUGAUUAUAAGAUAAGUGCUUCAGGAGGCUUUAUAAUUGGUGGAAUAAUAUCACCUGAACAAAGAGAAUCUAGGAAACCUAAAACGAAAGUUGCUACGAAAUCUGUUUCAGAGAUGGAGAAUUUGCAUAAUAACUCAAUUAUCAAGGAACAUUUUUCUCAGCCAGCUGUUGUUUUUGAUGAAACAUCUAAUCAACAAAUUCUUCUAGAAUGCAUGAACAAUGGUAGUUCACCUGUGUAUUGCAUUAGUAAUGAAACAUUGUCCGUUUAUAAAUACUUGAAUACAUCUUCAUUUUCUUCUGGAAAAAUAAUAUUACAUCCAUUAAAAGAAAAGGGAUAUCAAUAUUCCUACACAGACACAUUGGUUUUUCACAUUAGUUGUGGUAAACUUCUUCUAACACUCUAUGAUCAAAGCUAUUGUUUGACUGCUGGAAACUACUUUUUUAUUCCACCAGGGAAUGUAUACAAUAUACGUAAUCUUUUGAAUAAAGAAUGCGUCAUCCUCUUCACACAGUUGAAAGGAAAAGUGAAUUUAUUGGACUCAAGAUCAGUUAUGGCAGAUCUUGGAUGGAUUGCAUAUCCAAAGAAUGGGUGGGAAGAAAUUGGUGAGGUGGAUGAAAAUUAUGCACCAAUCCACACAUAUCAAGUAUGUAGAGUGAUGGAACAGAGUCAGAAUAAUUGGCUUUUGACAAGCUGGAUCUCUAACAAAGGAGCCUCUCGGAUAUUCAUUGAACUAAAAUUUACCCUUAGAGACUGUAACAGCCUUCCAGGAGGUCUUGGAACUUGCAAAGAGACUUUUAAUAUGUACUAUUUUGAAUCUGAUUAUGAAGAUUGGAGGAAUGUAAAAGAAAAUCAGUACAUCAAGAUUGAUACCAUUGCAGCAGAUGAAAGUUUUACAGAAUUAGAUCUUGGAGAUAGAGUUAUGAAGCUAAAUACAGAGGUGAGAGAUGUUGGACCUCUGACCAAAAACGGAUUUUACCUUGCUUUCCAGGAUGUGGGGGCCUGCAUUGCACUGGUAUCUGUUCGGGUCUAUUAUAAAAAGUGCCCUCUGGUGAUUAGAAACCUUGCCAUCUUUCCUGACACCAUCACUGGAGCGAAUUCUUCACAGCUACUAGAAGUCUUAGGAUCAUGCGUGAACAAUUCAAUGACUGAUGAACCUCCAAGGAUGCAUUGCAGUGCUGAAGGGGAAUGGCUGGUGCCAAUUGGAAAAUGCAUGUGUAAGGCAGGAUAUGAGGAGAAGAACAACACCUGCCAGGCAUGCCAGUUGGGAUUCUUUAAGGAUUCAUCCCAAAGUCAAGGAUGCAACAAAUGCCCCACACACAGUUUCACACGUGAAGAAGCAUCAAAAUUCUGUAUUUGUGAAGACAACUAUUUCCGAAAGGAAUCUGAUCCACUUACCAUGGCUUGUACAAGACCCCCCUCUGCUCCUCGGAGUGCCACCUCAAAUGUUAACAAGACUAGUGUAUUUCUGGAAUGGAUUCCUCCUGCUGAUACUGGUGGAAGGAAAGAUGUGUCUUAUUAUAUUGCAUGCAAGAAGUGCAACUGGCACUCUGGGCUCUGUGAGGCAUGUGGCAAUCAUGUCAGGUACCUUCCACAACAAAGAAACCUGAAAAACACCUCUGUGAUGAUGGUAAACCUGCUGGCUCACACAAACUAUACCUUUGAAAUUGAGGCAGUGAAUGGUGUGUCCGGCCAGAAUCCAGCUACACGGCACUUUGUUUCACUCAAUGUAACCACAAACCAGGCAGGCCAAAAAACAACAGAAGAGGAACCAAUCAAUACCAAAGAGGAUUUUAUACCAUCCAAUAUAUAACCCACUGAGAUUUUGGAUGAUCAAAAAGUAACUUUAACUAAACCAUAUAUAACUCCAAAAGCAACAGGAAUUGAUGUACAAAUACAAUUUAUUGAGAACUAUGACGACUUUGAUAACCAACCAUUAAUCACAACAUUGGACACAACUGAGUGUGCUACUCAGUUGAAUCAAACAUCGAGAUUUGAAUUUUUAAAGCAACAAGGGAUUAAUCACAAAGGAGUCAGGUUCCUAAAACAAAGGAUGGGACGUUUUCCCUUGACCCAAAUGAUAUCACGAGGAAUAAAGGGAGACUUAUUUGUUAAUAUAGAGGCUCUGUUAUGGAAACCUGCUUGGCACAAAAAGAAAGCCAGAAUAAGACUUAAAAAUGAGACUUAAAAUUGUAUGUAAUGGGUUAAAAAGGCCUUUCAGAGACACGGAUUGACUUAAGGUUUAAGAUUCAGACUUAUAAGCAAGAGGAAAAUUGUUGGUUAAUAGAAUAUAUAUGUGAAAUAGAGUAAAUGUAUUUUUUGAAAUAAUAUGCUUAUUUUAUGUACGAUAACCACUUUGUAAUGGAAUGAGAAUAAGAAAAUGGAUUGUGAUAAUAGAAAACAUGGUAUUAGUAAAUGAGGAGUUAGCAGAAUAAGAAUAGAAUAUGUUUAAGAAAUAUAAGAAUGUAAUUGUUGGAACAAUAUGUUUAUUUUUAGAAACUAUAAUUACUAUGUUAUGAAAAGAGGGAAAUUAGGGAUACCCGAAAUAUAAACAAUAUACUCAUUUAUGGCUAAAUUGAAAUACAAAAUUUGAAUUUUGUAAAGCUUAAAUACAGGAUUGGGAUUUGUAUAGUUAAAAUGUUAUUGAUAAUUUUAUUUAUUGAUUGAAUUUCACUAGAAAUGUAUUAAUCUGAAUAUGGUAUAUUAUUUGAGAGAACUAGAGAGGGAAUUUUUAAUGAGUUAACCUGAGCUAUAUACAAAUGACUUUGUUUUUGAAUAAUUGAUUACCCCAUCAACACGCUGUUUCCUAAGCACCUUGAUGUAAGAACUGAAAAAACUCAAUAAAACUUGUAUUAAAAAAUGUCGUUAAAUGUAACCAAUUGUACUUCAGCUGCUUUCCAUGGAACAAGAACUUCUUCAAUAUUCCAGUAAUCUGGCUCCAAUAAAUUGAGAAAUUGUAAUGUAUUCCUAUCUUGAAUUUGGCUAUGAUUUGCUUUUAAGUGUUCACAAUCCAUUAGUCUUUUUUUCAAAUUAAUUACAAUGUUUUCUAAAAGUCUUUCCCAAGGAAGCCCGACAAAUCGAUGAUGUUCUACAAAUUUUACAUUUUUGAAGGUUUCUGAAGUAAUUAAUUCAUCAACCUUUUUUUCAUAUGGACCCUUUUCCUUUCCAAGCAUUUGAAAUGCUUUAAUAGCUUAUCACAAGUUUUUUAGCCUUUAUUAUGUCUAUAUUUCUUGCUUGCAGUGCAUUUGAAAGAAGAGAAAUUCGCUUAAAAUAUCAAUCAUCAAUGCCAAAUCAGUUAUAAAAUAUUUAUUUUCAAGACAAGCAGCCAUGCCUAAGUACUUUUCAUUUGAAUAAAAAUAAUAAUGUAGCACUGGAUAAGCGAGCCACACAGCUAGGGUUGACAUUAAACUACAGGCAGUCCAUCUUGGUCCCCAAACUGUAACAAUCUUUAUAAUUUUAAUUCCAAGUUGUUUGGAUAUUUUGGUAAGUUCAAUUUGGUUAUUAUUGGAUUGAUGAAAAAUAGUAUAUAUCUUAUCAAUAAAUAUUUUAAAAUGAUUUACUUGCUUUAUUUCCUUUAUCGAAACUAAAACAAGAUGGAGGCGAUGGUUUAAACAGUGCCAUAUUAUUAUGUUUGGAAAACCUUUUGCUAUCCUAGUGCUCACUCCAGAUUUUCUCCCAAGCAUAACGCUGGCACCAUUAGAGCAAAAUCCUAUGAGCUUUUGAUGAAAAAUGUUCUUUCAUUUUUUCCUUAGAGAAGCUUGUUGUACAUCUUUAUUUUUCCCUGAUGCCUCAAUCUGAAAACCUUUCCAUUCUUUUGACACAUGAACACUUUUCUCUUUUGUGAAGUCAUAUUUUGCACAAUACUCGCAACCUACACUUUGUUAGAAAUUACCAGUUCGUCAUAUUUUUCUUUAAAAUUGUUAUAUUGCUGCACUGUCCAGCAUUCAGGAAGACUAUUUUCAAUUGUACUCGUUUUUUAUUUCAAUAAUUGACGUGCUCCUUUCUUCAAGUUGGUGCAAUUGUGCUUGUGACUGUUUUGUACCAUCCAUGGCCAAUUCUGAUACAACUGAUUCCAAUUUUGGUUUCUUAUUGAAAAAAAUCUGUCAAACUCUGUUGCCUUUUCAUCCUUUUGAGGGCUACUGCAAAAUCAUUAAAAUGUUUUAUUUUAAUAUAUAAUAAUAAUACUAUCUAUUUAUGGACAUUACUCUUUAUUGAAGAUUACAAGAUAUGGUACAAAAACUUAUUGAAAAGUGUAUGCAUCAAUAACUAAGCAAGGACAUGUAAUAAAGAAUACAAAGUUUUAUAACAUAUUAUUACUACAAUCACCAGAGGAAAUUAUAGAAUAAAGAGGAGGCAAUAAUUAGAAUUUAAAGAAAAAGAAAAAAUGGUAAAAGAUAAGCCGAUAGCUGGGACAAAACAAAAAUAUCCCAAAAAUAAGCUGGUAUUGCUCAAGUAGAAAGAAUAUCAUGAUUCAAACAAUAUGUCUAAACUACAUCAGUAUCAGUAUUUAAAAUUAAGGUAUUUUAAGAAUAAAGGAAAAAUAUAUAAGGGAAUCCCACCACUGGUGCAUUUACAGGGGUUAAAAGUAACUUCCUAAAUGUUAGAGUUAAAUCAUCUUUAAGUAAAUCCUAUUUUUAUAGACUAGGCUGUAGAAUCGUGCCAGCAUCCAUUGUUCACAUUUUUUCUUUCUUUUUUAUAAUAUUUUAUUGGUUUUCCAGUUUUACAUUUGAAUAUUUGGAAAGCAACGUGGUGAUUGGUUAAUCAAUAGUUCAAUAACAAAAUCUUUAGUACAUAUCUCUGGUUAUAUCAUCAAAUGUUUCUUCCCUGUUUCCCUUAACAUGUGCUAUAUCAUAUUUAAGCUAAUAAAUUUCUAAUUGUAUCAAACUCAGUGAAAACUUCAUUAUCACAUUUAUCAAUACAUUUUUGCUUAUACAUAUCUUAAUAGAUCUUCAUAAACAAUCCA